AGAGCCUGCCCCGCACACACAGCUCCUGCACUGCUCGCCCCGCACCCGGCUCAGAGCUGGACCUCUACAGCUUCCUCCUCGGAAACGGGACUUGGAGGGAUCCUAGCCAGGUGGCGGCCAUGCUGAAGCCCGGGGAAGCGGCAGGUUCUGCCUUCCUGAAGGUGGACCCGGUGUACCUCCAGCACUGGCAGCAGCUCUUCCCCCAGAGCCAUCAUGUGAAGGCCGGGGUCCUGGGCCAUGUCCCGGAGCCCCCAGCAGCAGACCCCCUCCGCCUGCGGCCGGCCUCCUUGUCCUCCACUUCCUCAGCCUCCUCCACCCCUGCACCUUCUGCCCCUGCUUCCCUGGCCGGGAUCACCCCAAUCACCACUGUUAUGGGAGCCGCUCCAAGAAUGGAAGUCCCAGGACCACCGAGGAAGGAGCUGGUGGCCCCCGGCUGCCUGGGGGGGACCUCACCCGCCCUCCUGCACUGCACCCCCGAGGAGCUGGACUAUUAUCUGUAUGGACAACAGAGGAUGGAGAUCAUUCCACUCAGCACCCCCACCAGCGACCCCAACAACCGUAUGUACCCUACUGUUACCUUCUGUGUGAUGCUGUAUACACUGUGCGACCCCCACAACCGGUGUGACAUGUGUGCAGAUAAUCGAAAUGGAGAAUGUCCCAUGCAUGGGCCCUUGCAUUCUCUGCGACGUCUGGUGGGCACUAGCAGCACAGCAUCUGUGGCUCCUCCACCUGAGAUACCUGAGUGGUUACGUGAUCUUCCACGGGAGGUGUGUCUGUGUACCAGUACUGUGCCAGGUCUGGCAUAUGGCAUCUGUGCAGCUCAAAGAAUCCAACAGGGCACAUGGAUAGGGCCAUUUCAAGGGGUUUGUGUGUCUCCGGACAAAGUUCAAGCAGGAGCUCUGAGGAACACCCAGCAUCUUUGGGAGAUAUAUGACCAAGAUGGGACAUUACAGCACUUUAUUGAUGGCGGAGAACCCAGUAAGUCAAGCUGGAUGAGGUACGUCCGAUGCGCAAGCACUGCUGGGGAACAGAAUUUGACAGUAGUUCAGUACAGAUCCAGCAUAUUCUACAGAGCUUGUAUUGACAUUCCCCGGGGCACAGAGCUAUUGGUGUGGUACAAUGACAGCUACACGUCGUUCUUUGGGAUUCCAUUACAAUGCAUCGCUCAGGAUGAAAACUUGAACGUUCCAUCGCCAGUUAUUGAAGCCAUGUCCAGACAAGACCCUCUACAAUCCUUCAACAAAAAUGGCAAGUUGCCCUCUUCUACAUUGCAGAGGUCCAUAGUUUUUCCACAGACUCCAUGCAAUAGAAACUAUUCUCUCCUGGAUAAAUCUGGGCCUCUGGAUACAGGAUAUAACCAGAUUAAUGCCAAAAACCAACGAAUUCUUGCCAGCCCAACCUCAACGAGCCAACUCAACUCAGAAUUCAGUGACUGGCAUCUUUGGAAAUGUGGACAAUGCUUUAAGACUUUUACCCAAAGGAUUCUACUACAGAUGCACGUAUGCACCCAGAAUCCAGACAGGCCUUACCAGUGUGGACAUUGUUCCCAGUCCUUCUCUCAACCGUCAGAAUUAAGGAACCAUGUUGUCACCCACUCAAGCGACCGACCCUUUAAAUGUGGCUAUUGCGGUAGAGCUUUUGCUGGAGCAACGACAUUAAACAACCACAUCCGCACACACACAGGGGAGAAACCAUUUAAGUGCGAGAGGUGCGAGAGGAGCUUCACACAAGCCACACAGCUGAGUCGACAUCAGAGGAUGCCCAAUGAGUGCAAGCCGAUAACAGAGAGCACAGAAUCAAUUGAAGUGGAUUAACUGAUUGACUGGUUGGAAUUAAACUGCAAGGAAAGUCAUGAUUAAAUGUCACGGACACUUAAGCAAAACCAAAGAUUUCCUCCGAACAACUUUCAAUCAGGCCCAGAAAACCAAAAGCAGUAAUAAAAUAAGUAAGAUGUUAAGAGAUAUUGAUCUUGGCAUGGAAGAGAGACCAAGAGAGACAUUAUUUAUUUAUGAGUGGGGGUGAAUUAUAUUUCAAAGGACACAGGGACUUAACCUUUUGAGUCCCAUCAUCUAUAUAUAGCUUUAUUUCUAAAUGCAUUUUGUAAAGAAAAAUGUUAUUUAAUACCAAAGCAAAAGUCAAGUUCUGUCAAUGCCCACAUCUCUGUCUAUGAAUGCACAUGGACUUGUUCAAAAAAGCACCUUUUGUAGCAUGAUACCAUUCCUCUAAAAAGAGGGGCCAGGACAAUAAGAUUUGGGUUGGUGAAGAUAUCCUAAAGACAAUGGAAUUUAGAAGACCAGAAGAAAAGUUCUUCCUGUUUCUUUACUCUCCUGGUAAGGAGAUGAUGUUGAUGACUUAGUUAUUUGUCCAGCUGUUGGGAGGGGACAUUAUGAUGGGAGCCAUGUUUAAGGCAUUUGAAACUGAUAACUGACCAAAGAGGACAUUUUACUCAUCCAUCAUCUACUGAGUCUACUUACAAAUCAUACUUUGUGCACUUUUCAUGUUAAAGACUUCAUAGACAUUGUUUAUGAUA